AUGAUUCGCAAAUUCAAGCGAUUACUCAAUCCGCUGCAAGUUUUUGACAUCAUUGCAACUGGACCGGAUUUUGCGCUUUCAUUCUUUGACACUCUUGAUUGCUUUCGAGUUCUCGUAUGUGGCGGUGACGGUACUGUAGGAUGGGUGUUGGGAGCGUUUGACAGACUUGGGUUGCAUAAUAAGUGUCAACUCGGCAUUUUACCGCUUGGAACGGGAAAUGACCUAGCUCGAGUUCUUGGUUGGGGGCAUGCGUUCUACGAUGACAAUCAGUUACCUCAACUUAUAAGAACUUUUGAGAGAGCGCAUACUCGAAUGUUGGAUAGGUGAGU